UUCUCGCUUGCUUGCUCGCUCACGCGCGCUCCUUCUCGCCGCCUGUGGCGAAGUCGGGGCCGCCCUAGCGGCCACCACCACCUCCUCCCCCGGCCUCUUUCCCCGGUCCCUUGUGGGCGCAGUCCCUCCCGCCCGCUCACCCCCGAGCCGUGAGUGACACCGCGUGAGGGCCGGUGGGUCCGGAGAGUCACCGCGGCGGCGCCGGGUGGUGUUUAAACCAUGUUCAGGAGGAUUUUGCAGAGGUAUUCCAUGGCACAACCUUUCUUGCUGAAAGUGAAGAGGACUUGAAGCGCACUUACUGAUGAAGAUCAAAAACUAUAGCCUUUAGCAUGGAUUACACCUUAGCACAAAGAAAACAAAAAUCUUCACAACUAGACCAGUAAGCAACAUCAUGAUAAACAGAGAAAAAACUGAAGUUGUUAAGGGUUUCACUUUAUUUGGAUCCACAAUCAACACCCAUGGAAGCAGCAGUCAGGAAAUCAAAAGACGCAUUGCAUUGAGCAAAUCUGCUCAAAAGACCUCUUUAAAGUAUUUAAAAACAAAAGGUAGCCCUUUAAGGACUGAGGUGCACCUGACUCAAGCCUUGGUGUUUUCAUUUGCCCCAUAUGCAUGGGAAAAAGCUGGGCAAUGAAUAAGGAAGACAGAGGAAGAAUUGAUGCCUUUGAAUUAUGGUGUUGACGAAGAAUGUUGAAUAUACCAUGGACUGACAAAAACUGCCAAAAGAACAAACAAAUCUAUCUUGAAAAUACAGCCAGAAUGCUCCUUUGAAGGAAUGAUGGCGAGACUUUGUCUCACAUGCUUUGGGUAUUUCAUCAGGAGGAAUCAGUCCCCCGAGAAGAACAUCAUGCUUGAUAGAGGGUCAGUGAAAAAGAGGAAGACACUCAGUGAGACGGAUUAACACAGUUGCUGCAACAAUGGGCUCCAGCAUAACAAUGAUCAUGAGAAUGGCCUCGGACCAGGCUGACUCCUGGGAGAGUUGGCUCUCAAGGUUCUGAUUUAGAUUCGUCAGGAACUCUUGUAAACACAGUGGAUGUCAAUAAUGAAAGUUCUUCAGAGGGCUUCAUAUGUCCCCAGUGUAUGAAAUCUCUUGGAUCUCCUGAUGAACUUUGCAAACACUAUGAAGCAGUUCAUGAUGCUGGUAAUGAUUCAAGUCAUGGAGGAGAGGCUAAUCUUGCUCUGAAGCGAGAUGACUUAACACUACUCAGACAAGAGAUCCAAGACCUACAGGCUUCACUUAAGGAAGAAAAAUGGUACUCGGAAGAAUUAAAGAAAGAAUUAGAAAAAUUUCAAGGGUUGCAGCAGCAAGAGUCUAAACCUGAUGGAUUGGUGGCUGAUUCAUCAGCAGAGCUGCAGUCUUUGGAACAACAAUUAGAAGAAGCCCAAACAGAAAAUUUUAAUAUUAAGCAAAUGAAAGACUUAUUUGAGCAGAAAGCAGCCCAACUUGCUACUGAAAUUGCGGAUAUAAAGUCAAAAUAUGAUGAAGAAAGGAGUCUUCGAGAAGCUUCUGAACAAAGAGUGACACAUCUGACAGAAGAAUUGAACAGAGAGGUUACUAUAAUUCAAGAUCUGAAGACUGAACUGCUUCAGAGGCCUGGUAUAGAAGAUGUUGCCGUGCUGAAGAGAGAACUGGUCCAAGUUCAAACACUAAUGGACAACAUGACCUUGGAACGUGAGAGAGAAUCUGAAAAACUGAAAGACGAAUGCAAACAGUUACAAGCAGAAUGUGCUAACUCAGAGGCUACAAUAAGCCAGCUAAGGAGUGAACUUGCCAAAGGUCCCCAGGAAGUUGCUGUGUAUGUGCAAGAGCUACAAAAACUUAAAAGUUCAGUUAAUGAAUUAACACAAAAAAAUCAGAAUUUGACUGAAAAAUUACUGAAGAAAGAACUUGACUAUACACAGUUAGAGGAGAAAUACAACGAAGAAUCUGUGAGUAAAAAGAAUAUACAGGCAAGCCUUCAUCAAAAAGACCUAGAUUGUCAGCAGCUUCAAUCAAGAUUAUCUGCAUCUGAGUCUUCACUACAGAGAAUGCAGGCAGAACUAGGUGAAAAAGGAGAAGCUACUCAGAAACUCAAAGAAGAAUUAUCAGACGUAGAAACCAAGUACCAGCAUCUUAAGGCAGAGUUUAAACAGCUGCAACAACAGAGAGAAGAAAAGGAACAGCAUGGGUUACAGCUCCAAAGUGAAAUUAAUCAAUUACAUAGCAAACUUUUGGAGACAGAGCGCCAACUAGGGGAAGCUCAUGGUAGGUUGAAGGAGCAGAGACAGCUUUCAAGUGAAAAACUGAUGGAUAAAGAACAACAAGUGGCUGAUCUACAGCUCAAACUUUCUCGUUUAGAGGAACAGUUGAAGGAAAAAGUAACAAAUUCCACAGAAUUGCAGCAUCAAUUAGAGAAAACAAAACAGCAGCAUCAAGAACAGCAAGCUCUUCAACAAAGCACUACAGCAAAACUUCGAGAAGCCCAGAACGAUUUGGAACAAGUGCUGCGUCAAAUUGGCGAUAAGGACCAAAAGAUCCAGAACCUUGAAGCCUUAUUACAGAAGAGUAAAGAGAAUAUUUCCUUACUAGAAAAAGAAAGAGAAGAUCUUUAUGCAAAAAUUCAGGCUGGUGAAGGAGAGACGGCUGUUCUUAACCAGUUACAAGAAAAAAACCAUACAUUACAGGAACAAGUAACUCAACUAACAGAGAAGCUGAAGAAUCAGUCAGAAAGCCAUAAACAAGCCCAAGAAAAUUUGCAUGACCAGGUACAGGAACAGAAGGCCCAUCUUAGAGCUGCUCAAGACCAUGUCCUUUCCCUAGAAACCAGUGUCAAUGAGUUGAAGAGUCAAUUAAAUGAAAGUAAGGAGAAGGUUUCCCAGCUUGACAUACAGAUUAAAGCCAAAACUGAAUUAUUGCUAUCAGCAGAAGCAGCAAAAACUGCUCAAAGAGCAGACCUUCAGAAUCAUUUGGAUACAGCCCAAAAUGCAUUACAAGAUAAACAGCAGGAGUUAAAUAAGAUCAGUACUCAAUUGGCUCAGGUAACUAAAAAGUUGCAGGACAAGCAGGAACACUGCAGUCAGCUGGAAAGUCAUCUUAAAGAAUAUAAAGAGAAACAUCUCUCUUUAGAACAGAAAACUGAAGAGCUAGAAGGCCAAGUUAAGAAACUGGAAGCUGAUACUGUUGAAGUUAAAGCAAGCAAGGAGCAAGCUUUGCAGGAUCUACAACAGCAGAGACAGCUGAGCAGUGAUUUAGAGCUCAGAGCCACAGAAUUGAGUAAACAACUUGAAAUGGAGAGAGAAACAGUAUCCAGUACAAAAUUGGAUCUGCAGAAAAAAUCUGAAGCCCUCGAAAAUACUAAGCAAAUGCUUACCAAGCAAGAGGAAGAAACAGUAAUCCUUAAACAAGAAAUUGAAAAUUUAAAUCAAGAUGCAAAGAUACAGCACCAGGAAUUGAAUGAUAGAAUUCAAGCAGCAGCAACAGAACUAAAGAAAGUGAAGAUGGAGAAAGAAACUCUAAUAAAAGAACUUUCUGCAACGAAAGAGAAAUUAUCAGAAGUUUCUGAUUCUUUGAAAAACUCGAAGAGUGAGCUUGAAAAGGAAAAUCAGAAAGGAAAAACUGCUAUAUUAGAAUUGGAAAAAACUUGCAAAGAAUUGAAGCAUCAACUUCAAGUACAGAUGGAAACCACACUUAAAGAACAGAAUGAACUGAAAAAGUCACUUGAACAAGAGAAGGAGACAUCUCGUCAGUUGAAGUUGGAGGUUAAUUCAAUGCAAGAACAAGUCGUACGGGCCCAAAAUACUUUAAAACAAAAGGAAAAAGAAGAGCAACAACUUCAGGGAAACAUAAAGGAGCUAAAGCAAUUGAGUGAACAGAAGAAAAAGCAAAUUGAAGCACUCCAAGGAGAAAUUAAAAUUGCUGUUUCAGAGAAGACAGAGCUUGAGAAUAAACUUCAACAGCAAUUAACACAGGCAGCACAUCAGCUCACAGCAGAGAAAGAGAAAAUAUCAGUAUUACAAAACACCUUUGAAAAAAGUCAGGAAAAUCUGAAACAGCUUCGGUCUGAUUUCUACGGAAAGGAAUCUGAGCUUCUAGCCACAAGACAAGAUCUUAAGUCUGUAGAAGAGAAGCUUUCUCUAGCACAGGAGGACUUGAUUUCAAACAGAAGUCAAAUCGAAAACCAAAAAAAAUCGAUUCAAGACCUGAAGACUGCCAAGGCUACGUUGGAGCAGGAAUCAGCUAAGAAGGAACAACAAUUGAAGGAGCAGUGUAAAGCACUACAAGAUAUUAAAAAAGAAAAGUCACUAAUAGAAAAAGAACUGGUAAAUGAAAAAUCUAAAUGGGUGGAGAUAGAGGAAAUUAAGUGUAGACAAGAAAAAGAAAUUGCUAAGCUGAGUGAAGAACUUAAGUCUCACAAGCAAGAAAGCAUAAAGGAAGUAACAAGUCUCAAGGAUGCCAAACAACUUUUGAUUCAGCAGAAAUUAGAGCUUCAGGGAAAAGUAGACACCCUGAAGACUACUCUUGAACAGGAGAAGAAAAACCAGCAAGUGCUGAAAGAGCAGGUGAAAAAGGAAGAAGAUGAGCUGAAGAAAGAAUUCGCUGAGAAGGAAGCCAAACUGCGUUCUGAAAUAAAAGAAAAAGAAGUGGGAAUCAAGAAGCAUGAAGAAAAUGAAGCUAAACUUACCAUGCAGAUUACUGCAUUAAAUGAAAAUUUAGGCACUGUAAAGAAGGAGUGGCAGUCUAGUCAACGGAGAGUUAGUGAACUUGAGAAGCAAACAGAUGACCUACGGGGUGAAAUUGCGGUAUUAGAAGCAACAGUGCAGAACAAUCAAGAUGAAAGGCGAGCACUACUAGAAAGAUGUCUUAAAGGCGAAGGUGAAAUAGAAAAGCUUCAGACCAAAGUAGUAGAAUUGCAAAGAAAGCUGGAUAAUACAACUGCAGCAGUGCAGGAGCUGGGCAGAGAAAAUCAGUCCCUUCAGAUCAAACAUACGCAAGCGUUGAAUAGAAAGUGGGCUGAAGACAAUGAAGUACAAAACUGUAUGGCGUGUGGGAAAGGCUUUUCAGUAACUGUGAGACGGCAUCACUGCAGACAGUGUGGAAAUAUCUUCUGUGCUGAGUGUUCAGCCAAAAAUGCCUUAACUCCUUCUUCCAAGAAGCCUGUUCGUGUCUGUGAUGCAUGUUUCAAUGACUUGCAAGGAUAAUGGGUUAUCACAACAUCAAAGUCAUAUUAUACUAACAUUAGAUUUUUAAUAAAUGCACUUAAUAGAGUACUUGGACUACUAUUUGAUUUGGACAGUGGUUGCAAUACUAGACCAAAUUAGAAUUCGUAUAUUUUGAAAUGUUAUCAAUAUCAAGUAAAACUCUUCUAUUUUUGUGAGACUUGGGUUUAUCUUUCAUUAUUUUUUUCCAUUUGACCCCUGGGACAGCUUUCAUGCCAAGUUUAGAAUUAGCCAAUGAAAUGUAAAUAAACUUUGGACAGAAAAUAGCAAUGUAUUUUUUUAAAUAUUAUUUCAUUGUUCACAAGUAACAUGAAUAUGAUUGCAUAGUUUACUUCUUUCUCCCAAAGUUAAGGUACAAAAAUGUACUUAAAUGAUGUUGUCACUUGUGUUUUUGUUGCACAGUAACGCAUUAUUAUAUAAAAUAUUCUCUUUGUGAAGUCAUGCACAGAAAUAGAAAACUUUCUAACAUUUUUCUUACGUAUAAGUCCAUAGAUCAGUUGCACUGUCACGUUGGAAAUUUACUACUUGAGUAUUUGAAACAGUUUAUUUUAAAAUAUUUUAAAAUGGAAUUCAUCAACCAUGAAUUCAAACAUGGUUUUUGUUUUAACAGUACAGGUUAAAUUCUCUUAGAUGGAUUUUAUGAAAACCUCUAUAAAAUCAAUUUACUUACUUUUUGGCUAUCCUGGGGUUGUAUUUUAAAGAUUAGAGUUAAUUUUUCUUUUUCUUUUUGUCUUUUUCUAUCUCACUUUUAAACCCCCUCAUACUUUCUAUUAUGAAUCCUACAAUGCUUCCCACCUUCAUCGCUAAUUGGGGGAUGAAUAAUAGACAUUGUAUAAUGGUCCUAUUCUUUGUUUCUUUUAAGAAAGAAGUCUUUUGAGGUUAGCUUUCAUAUUGUAACUUCAUUUGGUCUCUCCAGCUUCUUCAGGAAUCUCGGUUUGCUUUUUAAAGGAUCUGUUUUUUUCUUCAAUUUGGUUUAACCUUCCCAAGCAUAGCUCAGCUUCACUAUAAUUGUUUUAUAAAUCUGCAUCUUCUAGUAAUUGAUACUGCUACAGUCUUAUCUGUAAAAACAAAAUAAAAAAAUAGCAAGGAGACAUUCAAUAUUCUACUUUGUAUUUUCUUAUCUAUUAGGGAAGAAUUUUUAAAAGUUGUAAAACUGACUUAAAUUUAAAUUUAUCCAGAAUUUGGAGCUUCAUAUCAACUAGGAGAUCUUUUUACUUUGCAAAAAUAAUGCUGUGAAAUUACCUUGAAGUGACAGCUGGACAGGAAAGUGUCGCCAAAAAUAAAUGUAUUCAGGAAUCCCGAAGUUAAUUAUGAAAACUGAAAUAGCCUAAACGCCAUAAGGAUACUGAUUAGCCUAUUUGUAUGUGGAAUAAUGGCAUUGAACUUUAAUUUAUUAUAGUCUCAUUAAUUUGCAAAAUUGGAGAGAGUCAGCAUUAAUGCUGUUUAUUACUCUGUUUAGAGAAGAAAUACAACAUCACACAUUUGUUUAGUGCAGUCAUUUGCUAACAAUAACAGAGGAUAGGAGUUAAUAUUUCAUUUACAAUAAAUAGUUUGUAAUACGUGCUUGUUUUCUAAUACCAUGCUGAAUUAAAAUUUAUAAUGUUUAUACUAUGUCUGUGACAUACAUAAACUAAAAGAGAUUGCCAUAUAUUCAUUUAAUUAUUAAAAAAAAAAAACUUAAGUAAACCUUGUUGUCGAUAGUUAUUAAGGAUGCUGAUUGAGUCCCUGGGCUUAGACAAAUGUAUAUCCUUAAGCAUAAACAAUGAAGAAAUACAAUGACUUUAUAUUAUACAAGUUGUAUAAUAUAAACUGAGCUAAAAUUAUUUAUGAAUUUUCAUAUACUUCCAAAUCCUUCCAAAUAGUCUUAAUUCUACACUUUUACGUAUAAGUAACUUAAUGAAUGUGUUGGAAAAACACAGACAUUUACAGUUCCACUGUUUUUGCUUCUUUUUAAAACUAAUAAAACUUCGUAAUAAUCCCUGAGAAUAUUUGUUUGCUUCAUCUUCUGUAAUUAAAUGCACUGACGGCCUUCUCCCUGCCCACCACCACCUCCUUUCCCCCACCUACAUAUUCAGAAAAAAUUGUGGAGGCCAACGAAGGAAACUGUACAUUUGAGUGAUUUACUAGUUCUCAUCUAACUAAUCUCAUUUCAUAGAUCCUGAAUAAUUUGCCACGGGCUACUAUCUUGGUACUAUUACAAGUGGAAUCUAACAUUUUUGCGAUCAACUCUCAUAAACUGAAGGUGUUCUGGAAGCAAAACUUAAAGGGUUUUAUUUUUAUUUCUUUUCAAUUAAAAAGUCGUCUUCUCUGAGUCUUUAUUGGCUGUACCUUUUAGGUGUCUGUUGGUACCAUUAUUUUGUCAGUGAGUUAGAGCUGGUGCGCGCAGGGCCCCAGCUCUUGGCUCUGAUGCAAAGCCAGUUGGCCUCAUGUGUUAGCAAAUCCCAAAUCCCCUCACUGAAAAGUGAGUUAAAAUUGAGUCUUGCUGGGUUAGUGUACAAUAAACUAUACCUACGGAAUUUUUAAAAUAGAAAGAUGGCAAAGCUGCUGGUAGAGGAUUUGUUCAUUUUU